AUGUCGCGCUCUACGGACUCUGGCGGCGCAACGGCCGAUGCGCCCUCGCUUCCCUGGAGGGCAUUGUCCUCCACCACCAUCUUUGGGGUUGCAGCAUUAUGCCGCUCAUUUCUGUACCUCUGCAGUCGGCCACAGGCGAAUGGAUUGGAUCAAUUUCUCGACCUCCUCGACUCGAGGAGUGAUCCCUCGCAAAGAACGAGAGGCUUGCUCACCGUUUCGAACCAUACCAGCGUGAUGGAUGAUCCGAUCAUGUGGGGAUUUCUACCGAUGCGCUAUAACUUCGGACUUGCGAAUUGGAAUAAGCGAUGGGGGUUUGGAAGCCACGACAUCUGUUAUCAGACUAGGCCGUUAGCCCUUUUCUUCACAAUGGGCCAAGUCCUGCCGACACAUCGAUCGGCCCAUUCGCAAUAUGGCGGCCUCGCCCAGCCCGUCGUCACCCAGGCUAUCCGACUCCUGUCGAAGGGGCCAUUCCCCGCUGACCCUCAUCUCGCUGUCCCCGAACGUCAAUCGUGGAGUCUACAGAAUGUAUGCGUCGAUCCGUUUUCCGAUCUCCCCACAGCCUACACCACCGAUGGGCAUGACUCUCACCUAUCGCCGUCCUCUUACGCCUGCAAUUCGUAUUCUUGGUUCCAUAUAUUCCCAGAGGGAAAGAUCCACCAAGCACCGAACAAGACUAUGCGCUACUUCAAAUGGGGUGUGGCACGACUGAUCCUCGAGGCUAGCGAAUGCCCGGAUGUUGUGCCGAUCUGGCUUGAGGGCUUCGAUCAGGUCAUGCACGAAAGCCGCGAAUUCCCACGGUUUCUGCCUCGUGUCGGAAAGGAGGUCAGCGUUACGUUCGGACAGAAAGUGGAUAGGGAGGCAGUUUUCGGGGAAUACAGAAGACGUUGGCAGAAGAUCAAGGCCAAGGCGGAACGCAUAGCCCCCGAGACUCGCGAUCUUCCCUUUGGAGUGCUAAACGACCAGCUCUUAUAUGACCCUGAAGCAGUUGAGCUGCGAAAGGAGGUCACUAAGCAGGUCCGGGAUCUCGUCCUUGAUGUCCGACGGACGAGAGGAUUGUCAGACGAAGACCCGAAGGAAGGCCUAGUGGAGACAUGGAUACAAGAGGGCCCUAAGCGUGAGGGUAAGAUGGACGAUGAUUCAUGGGUCCGCGAUAUUUGA